AUGACGUCGAAGUUGGAUGAUUUAUUCGAUAAAAAGAAAGAUGAAGCACCUAUGCUUGAUUUGUCUAAAGUCGUUAUAAAUACAGCAGAAGAAUAUAGAGCAGUAUUGGAUAAGGUUCCCGAAUUUAAGACACGACCAGAAAAGGUUAGAGCUGAUGACAUAAAAAUAAAAGAUAGAAAAGAAGAUCAAAAAACAAAAACACCCCGAAAAGAGAUUCGGGCUUACGAGAAGUUAGGUACUCGUGGCUAUGAAGAGAAACAGUUUACUUUUAUGGAUCCUAUCCCAGUAGAAAUGCAAGGUCUGAAGUUUGAAGAGCUUUGCGCCGUUCCCAUUGAAUGGCGGAUGCUUACAUCUGUUCGGCCAAAAUCAAAACUUGAUGAAGAAUAUUUCAACAGGUUGAUUGAAUUAGGCAAAUCAGAGUUAAGAACAAGAGCGAAAGAGAAGAGGGAAAACGCAAAAAAUAAUAUGGUGAGAAAGAUAAAGAAUCGAUCGGGAGUAACGGAAACUCGUGUUGUAUCGUGCGCUGAAUGCGGUGAAGAGUAUUGUAAUGGUAAAAUGUGUACGAUAACAAACUACGACAUGUUUGCACGUUUGAAGUUAGACAUAGAGCCAAAGACAAGACGAGCGCAGGCUGCGCCCUCUCAGGUCAGCAAACUACGUCGGAUGCGUCGCAGACCGCGACGUAAACCACGCAGCAAAAGUGCGGCACCGACCUAUAGAAAGUCUACUGGGAAAGGGACUAGAAGUGAUUCUGAACUUUAAAUUUUGUAUUGAUGAUCAAAUGAUAAUCUGUUCAAAUUACAUGCUUGUUAAAUUGUGUUGUUUACUAAGAAAAUUAUCUGCAAGUUGUGUUGACGAGUUAGUGAUUUAAUUUUCAAUUAUAAUCAGGCCGUAGGUUGCUAAGCACUCAACAGUAGGCUCAUUACGGUCGUUAUCCUAAUUCUGUUAAAAAUUUAGUUUAUUUCAUUCUCUCAAAUUAUUGUAUCAUAAUCUUACACUAACGUUACGGGUAGAUGUUAAGUAGGUGACUGAUAUAACGAGACUACUAUCGAAAUUUUAUAUUAUAAAUAGCAUUGUAAGCAAGGAACAGCUACGUAAUAAAUCAGUAUAAUAUAAUAUAGUAUGAAUCCUUUAGAUAUUAUUAUGCCCCAAUUAAUGAAUUAAUUACAAGUACGCGAGUAGAUUGUCAGUUUCUUGACGACGUGAUGUGAAAUUUAAUCUCAGUAUUUCUUAAGACUUAAAAUUCUGCUACCUACGCCAGGUUGUGCUUUUGUACACUUAUUCAUAGAAAAAAUAUUUAAAUUAGUAUUAACUUGUAAUGUUGUUAUAAAGUUUUGGUAUUGUGUAAUAAUAAUUAAAAAUGUCUAGUCGAUGUUUAUACAUAAUUCUCAUUUUUGUACUAAUUAAAUUGCUAA